GUACUUCUUGUCUUCAUCAACUCGAUUAUCAUCAUUCUCUGCAAACCCUAAAACUUUCUCAGUUUUACUUCAUUUGAAAAUGUCGGGUCGCGGAAAGGGAGGCAAGGGUUUGGGCAAGGGAGGAGCCAAGCGUCACAGGAAGGUCCUCAGAGAUAACAUUCAGGGUAUCACCAAGCCUGCGAUUCGUCGUCUGGCGAGGAGAGGAGGUGUGAAGAGGAUCAGUGGGUUGAUCUACGAAGAAACCAGAGGAGUUCUGAAAAUCUUCCUGGAAAAUGUUAUCCGCGAUGCUGUGACCUAUACUGAGCAUGCCAGGAGGAAGACCGUGACGGCAAUGGACGUGGUUUACGCUUUGAAGAGGCAGGGAAGGACCCUCUAUGGUUUCGGUGGUUAAAUUGCCUUCGCGAGACUUUCAAAUCUUUAUUGCUCAGUUGCUUGCUUGUUUUGUAGAUCUUGUUUUUCUUGUUUUUGUUAUCUUAAGAUGUUCUGCCACCACAUGAAUUUGUGAUUCUCACUCUUUUAACCAGGUAAUCAAAGUUUCAUUUUGAUGAAA